AUGCCACAGUUAAGGUCGGGGAAGGUGGUAACUGGUAGGGAUGUCAAGUUGGCUGAUGAGAUGGUCACCAGCCCAAGCUCUCUGGGUGCUGGGGUAGAAUGUGAGGCAGGGAACAUGUUGGCAGUUAAGCAGAGUCAUCACCUGGCACCUGAGAGAAAACCUGAGCAGCCCUUACCUUGUUGUCUGCAACCUGCCAUGCUCUCCAGCAUUCUGUGCGAGCAGUUUGCUCCUCCUGCAGCCAUGCAGGAGCAAGGUGAGAGUAGCCAGAGACUCCCAGGUAAAAAAAACAAGCAGAUACAAUGCAGGAGGAUUUCCAGAAUCAGCAAGGGUCUAGAGCUGCCAAUUUCAGACACUGCUAUAUGUGAAGAUUGGCAGGCAGCAACUGUGGCUGCAGUCACAUGCUGGGAAAAGACUGAAAGGAGAAGGACAGAACAAGGUCAGCAGCGAUUUUUCUCAGAAACUACUUUGCAAAAUAAAUUCUUGGCAGUGAUUGAAACGAAAGAACAGAGCUCAGAAGAACUAAACCACUCAGCAUUCCAGGAGAGUUCAAGGAUUUUGGGAGAAGAAGGCAAGUAUUCUUUUAUGGAAAUAAAGUUACAAAUCGCAUCCUCAGAGGAGGAAAUCAAGAGCAUAGAGAGACAUGGAAUUUCCUGUUUGCCAGAACCAGAGAUGCUGAAACCCAGAAACAGUACAUACAGUACUGAAGUGAAAAGCACUAACUCUGUAAUGAUACUGAAGAUGCAAAUCCCAUCUCUUGAGAAGGCUCAGGAAUCCUUGCCUGAACCAGCAGUUCAGGAAGAGGCAGGCCCAAAAAUGAAGGAAGAAUGGAAAGCACCUGAGCAAGAUUCUGGUACACAGGCUGUGAAGAAGCUUAAGACAAAUCAAAACCCAUCAGAAGAUUCUAAGGAAAAGGAACCUCACUGCUGUGAAUCUUCUGCAGUUGCUGCUUUAGGUGGGAUCCAAAGCAAGAACUUUCUAUGCCAUUCUGUAACAAAACAGUCUGGUGUGCAGUAUAAAAAAAGGAAACCCAGAACUGAUCAAGUCAAAUGCUUGCAAAGUUCUAGCGUGACUGCAGGUGAAGAAGUGAGAAGCAUAUCUGCAAAAUGUGAUGCUGAACAUUGCAGAAAAGCCCUAAACCAUUGCAAUGGCUUGUUCUGUGCAACAGAAAAGAAUCCAUUUGUGAGAUUAGAGGACUGUAGUUACAUCAAUACAUUUGUGAAGUCUUCAGCUAGUGGAACUACCAGCAGUUACAAAUUGAAUGGAUUCAUCCAUAUAGCCCAGGAUAAAGGAAAGCGUGUUUUUCCUGAUGGUACUGUAGAACAGAGCACUAGUAGAAUGCAAAACAAAGGAUCACCCAUAAAAGGUGGUUUAUUGUUGAAUAAAGAAAAAUCUCAAAACAGAGAAGAGUGUUUUUCAUGCUGUCAGAGCAAAACCAGUAAGUCUUUAAGGGGAAAAAAGUUGAAUACUGGUAGAAAGCCUAGGAAAAAGAAGAAAAUUGCUGAGAAAUCAGCAAUGCAGAAUAUAUUCAGAGACACGGCUAAUGGCAGUGAGUAUGAGUUACAAGCAGAAGCAGCACUUGUCAGGUCAGGUUCCUUUGAAGUCUUGGGACUAAAUCAUGAAGAAAUUACUCUGUCACCUUCAUGUGAUCAUACAUCAAAUCUUCAUGUAGGAAGAAAUACUCAUGAAGCAAAAAAUACAUCAGUCUGGAGAAAGAACAGUACCAAAUCACUUGCGUUUGAAGAUGGCUUUAAGAAGAGAUCUGAGUUCUCAGUAACAGCAAAAGAAGAAAAUUCAAACAGUGUGGCACAUCAUUCUGCUGCCUCACGUAGCCUGAAAGUGCUAGCUGAUGAGGUCCGUGGUGUUUCUAACAGUCACAAAAGCAAGACAGUUAAAAAAUUGAACAAAGUUAAGAAACUGCAUCAGAUUACCUGUCAAAGAACAGUACCUAUGACUGGUAAAAAUGUUUGGCCUUUUGAAUCUUGUGCCAGGACUUCUGAAUGGGUUCAUAAAAAUCCUGGGUCUAGCUCAGAAGGAAAAAGACUUGUAAGGGCUGCCUUCAAGGAAUCCUCUGAUCAAAGCAGUGUUGAAACUGUAGGAAGCAAUGCUGUGACUAGGAAUUUGAGACAGUUGGAUUUACCUAAGUCAUUGGAAAAAAAUAACGAAGAAUCUACAUGCAAAAUAAUAGAUGCAAAUACUGAAUGUCUGACUUCACUUGAAACAUCAGGAUGGUCUCCCAUGAAUAUUGAUGAGACUUUGAGAAUGAGCAGUGAAAAUGUGGAAUCCCCCGUUCAUACACAUAGAAGUGCUGUGACUUUCAGCCAUGAAGAUGUGCAAGAAUUUAAAGCAACCUUGAAUUUUACAACAAAGCAAACAAAUAAAAAAAAAGGAACUGUAACAAAAAGAAACCUGCCUGUGACAGUCCGGAAAGGUACAUCUACACGUGACACACACAGAAAGAACUUGAGCAAUAAGACAUCAGUAGUGAAAGAGACGUUUUCUGAUUUAAAGCUAAUGAAGGUAUUAAACACAGAAAACCUGACAAAAUUCAAAAUUCCUUUAUGCAGAAACAAACCUGAAUCCAGGAAAUUGGAAUCUCUCCGUUCAUUUGAAAGAAAAACCUUUAGUCCACUAGAGCUUUUUGACAUUAGCGUUUCAAGAAGGCAGAAGAUGGGUGAAGAGACUUUCUUGGUAGAUUCUGAGCAGCAGCCUCUUGCUAUUGCAAGUGAUGCUACAUCUAUAGCUUCGACAAAAGAAAAAGCAGAUGAGAUCAGCAGUAAGGGCUUCCAGCAUGAUGGCCCUAAAAACCUUUCAACCUUGUCUACUCUCUCUGAACAUUCUUCUUUAUAUCCACAUCCUUUUCCUGAUGGACAGCCAGAGUCACCUGUGCCUGAUUUCCAUGGUACUGAAUGUGUACUAAAAUCCAGUUUUCCUGAUCAUUCGUGGAAUGCAGUUGACCACCCUGUUGCAUUAGAAAUAAAUGGUGGUAGCAAAUCAAGUAGAAGUCUUUCAGAACACCAAAGUCAAAAUAUUCCAGAUAUUCUUGAUGCUUACAAGGAAGAUAUUCUUGUCAUUGAUGUGAUUCAGGAUGACCCUGACCUUUUUGGAUACAAUAAUGCAGAGAAGCUUGAACUUGCAGACUGUAAAAAUUGUUCUGUGAAGGAGUCCUAUGAUAGCAUCUCCAUUAAGGAUGAAAAGCAGGAUCUUAAGCCUGAGUGGCCUGUUACCUCAGAAAAGAAAGAUUCAGUAGAUGAUCAUUUUAGAAGAAAAAGAAGAAAAUCUUCUCUGAGACACAUUACCAUACAGGAAUCUGGAAUGUCAGAUGAUACUGAAAUUUCCUGUGAUUGGGUGCUAAAAGCUAAAGACACUAAAAUCCACAACUCAUCCAGAGGAAGCAGUCCUCUUGGGAGUGUUACAGGAGUUACUGAAAGCUGUCUUGAAGACGGGCAAUCAAGAGAAUUAGAUGAACUUCUGAAGAGUUUUGACAUGGACGAAAAGUUCAGGUUUGCAGAUGGAGUGCCUGAUGUUAAAGAAGAAAAAAAGGGUGAAGCUGAAAAAAGCAGUGACUGUAAAUACAAAGACCUUGUGAACUGUGGAUUGCUAUCAGGAUUGCCACUGCCUGCCCCAAAAAUAAAUGUCCUCGGUGAAACUACAGAGAUGGAAGCCAAGACAAAUGAUUACAGAUUUUCAGGAAAAAGUAUUUUACUGCCAUCGCAAAAUUCUGGAGAUUUUGAGACAUGGAAAGUGGAAAAAAGUGCAGUUGCUUCUCAUUCAGUCCAGCAGAUUCUCAAGAUGAUUGAAUUGCCCCGUAAAUAUUGCAGAUUUUAUUUCAUGACUUUGCGGGGCUGUGAAAGAGCAAAAUGUUGGUUUUGGCAUGUUCCUGAACAAGGAGAUGAAAAGGUUUGCAUGACAAUACUUAGAGCAUACAUUACUAUCAAAGAAUCAGGCCUUCUAAGACGUGCAGUCCAAAUAUUUGUGAAAUAUUACAGAGAAGUUACUCCUGGUGUGUAUUUUGCUUCUGAAGUGCUGAAUGAUCUUCUGGUUUCUCUACUCAAGAAAUGUUUGUUGCAUGAAGUAUUUCAGAUAUUGAAUGUAACUGUACAAAUCAGUACACCGCCGGCUGUAGAUGUUCUUCUGAAAGUUUUUGAGCAUGUGGCUUCUUUGAAUAUAAGAGACGCUGUGCCUACGUUAAUCAGUACCUUUUGUAAGCUCAUGGGUGCUGGUAUGUUCGUUGAGUCUGCACAUUUUGACUGUAUUAUUAAGUUCCUUCACCAACUGAAAGUUUCCAGUCAGGAACUAAAUACUGUUUUGAACAUAAAAUCCAGAAGAUUUCAGGAAAGACAUUUUGAAAAGAACUGGAUUUUUGACUUCAACUUGGCAGUGGCUGAAAUUCAGCAUUGCAAGGAAAAGAAAGAUUGGGUCAAGCUGGGAGCUUUGUUUGUUAAUGCAAGAACUGGCUGUGAACAUUCUGAUGAUCUUCAGAAAUUGUCUUUAUGUAUUGCUGAAAUACUAACCAAAGACUCUGAGACAGACCGACUAGAAGUUCCUUUUUGUGACUUUGCUGAUGCAGUAGCAAAAAGUUCACAACAUAAUGAAGCAGACAGAAUUUGCACUGGAAGGAUUGGGAUAAGUGUAAUGUAUUCUUAUCACAAAGUACUCCAGUGGAUAAAGGGAAGGAAGGUUUUGGAUAAGUUGCAUGAGCUACAGAUACAUUUUACAGUCUUGAAAGGACUCAUAGGUGCAGAGAAGUUAGCAUCAAGAUGCCAAAUUGUUAAUAAAGCUGCAGAAAUUUAUCUUAAAACAGGAAGUUUGGAUGGAGCAACAUGGGUAUUGAGAGAGUCAGAGUGGAUCACAAAUACACCAUUGUGGCCCUGUGAUAAAAUGGACAUCCUCAGUCGACAUAAUCUGUUAUGUACACUAGCGCACAAAUACUUGAGGAGGAGUUUAUACAGGCAGGCACUGGAAGUUCUGCAGAACUUACCAGGUUUUCAAACUCAUUCUGAUACUGUAGAUGUUUCUCAGUACAGCUGCCUUUUUAACAAGCUUGUAAGUGCCUGUUUUGAGAGCAAGAACCUUGGGGUCUCAUCUUCUGCAGUAGACUUCAUGCUUUCAAAAAACAUAGCUAUUGAUUUUUUUUUACUUAGACAAUUAAUUACAGCUUUGGGAAGAAGUUCUUUGUGGUCUAAAGCUAGGACCUAUUACAAAAGUGCUUUAUCAUUGGGUUGCUACCCACCACCACUGCAGGGACAUUUGUAUCACAAACUUCUGACGGUUCCAUCUUACCUAUCAGAGGUGGAGAUGCUGUUGGCCAUUGAAAUAUUUCUUGUUUCAAAUGCCAGUGAUAUUCAAAGUCCAAUGGCUACUAGUCAGACUCUUCAAAUAAUACUGAAAAGAUGCGCACAUCAGACAGUUCAGGAUAGCAGUGACUACCAGGCAGCAGUGGAGAGACUGAUCCAGGCCGCUCGUGUAUCUGAUCCAAAGCUUUUUCUUAAGCAUAUGACAAUGAAUGUUAAUAUGGAAGAAGUUUACAGCUUGGAGCUAACAUCUGCUCUAAAGUGGCUUCAGGAGAAUAUGAAAUGGGCUGGGAAGGUCUGGCUGUUUCAGUAGUUAUUAAAUAGUCAAGACUUUGGGGGUUUAAUGGUUAAAUCAAUCAUUGUUGAAAAUAACACAAAUUAAUAAAGGCAGUUUCCCCUGUGUUCA